UAUUCCUGAUUUAACAUCUCAAUUAAAAGAAGUUAAUUCUAAACUUGAGGAAUUGAGGGAGAGAAGAGCAUCAUAUGGAAUUCUCCGAAAACCAUCAAUUGGAGGAAGUACUUCUGAACUUCAGUCAGAACAGUCUGAUUUAGAUGAGCUUAAGGUUGUGAAACUACGGUCUAGGAAAAGAAGGAAUAGUAAAGAUGGCUUAUGUAGUCAUAACAAUUCUGCUGCUGGAAAGCAAGCUCAUGGUCACCAAGCUGCCGGACAAAGUACUAGAGGAAACAGUGUGGAGGAAAGAAGACAUAGCUUAACAGGCGCUGAUAAGUCUAUUGGUGACUUUAAUGAGGAAAGGAAUGUAACAGCUCGGUCAAAAUAUAUUCAAAAGAAAUCAAGAGAAAACUCUUUAGAAGUUGAAACAGAUAAACAUCCUAGGAGAGAAAAGAGUCCACAACGGACAAUCCAUGUCAAUGAGGACAAUCGUGAAAGCUUUUUAGAGAUGUGUAAGAACAGGUAUUCAAAGAGUAUGCUUGACUUGUCUGAUGGAGAGCUAUUAGAAAAGGCGAUUUCUGGUGAAUCAGCUGAUGAUACAAUACCUUUUGACAAGAGACAAGAGGCACUUAAUUGUUUAAAGCAAAACAAAAAAUUGUCAAGUGAUGAUAAACCACAACAAGAUCAUUCCCAUGACAAAAAUAUCACCCGUACAAUCCAUAUAUCAACUAAAGAUCGGGAGAAUUUCCUGGAAAUGUGUAAAAACAAGUAUUCUAAAAGCAUGUUAGAGAUAUCCUCAGGUCCUGAUAAAUCACCCUUUUCUGAUGAGUCAUCACCAGAGGAUGUUGCUAACAUACCAUUUGACAAAAGACAAUGUAUAGCAGACACUGUGUCAACAAUAGGUAUUACAAAACCAAAACAUCAAAACAUCAACCGUACAGUUCACAUAUCAUCCAAUGAUAGAGAAUCUUUUCUUGAAAAAUGUAAGCAAAGCUAUUCAAAAAGUAUGCUUGACAUAUCUGGUAAACAACCAUUGUUAGAUUCCACAGACAGUAAAACUACUAAUAAAGUUCCAUCAGAUGAAAAGAUAGGUACUGAUUCAGAAGAAAAAAAUACUUCAAAUGAAGAAGAACAACCAGAAGUGAAAAGAAGAGCAAGUCGCACUAUCCAUAUUUCUGAUAAAGACCGUGCAAACUUCUUAGAGCUGUGCAAGGCCAGCUAUUCUAAAAGUAUGUUAGAUAUAUCUCCAGAUAAACAGAUGAGUGCUAAAGAUGACCCCAAAGAUGCAGAUGAAUCAUUGAUCUCAGAUAGAGAAAUAAGUUCUCCAGGUCCUGAAAAAGAUGGGUAUGAUAUACAGGACACAUAUAAAGAUGAUCUUUCGGAGGGCAGGAAUCCUUUUGAUACGUCUGAUAGAUCAAAAGGUGUUGACAGUGAUAGUGACAACUGUAUGGAUAUUGACCCAUUAGCAGGAAGUAUACAGGAUAUAGAAUACACCAGCUCAACAGAUGAAGAAAGAGAUAAAGAAUAUAUGAAUGAAAAGGCAAAUGUUGACAAUAAUUGUGCAGCUGAAGAUGAAUCAAUUGCAAGAGGUGUAUGUGGGCAAGCUGUCAGAUUUAGUAAAGUAGAAUCUGUUGAGGAGGCUCCAAAGCUAAAAAGCAUUUUGAGACGAACCACAAGUAUGGCUACCUUAAAGAACCUUGAUGACAUAAUAGAGAGUCAAAGUGACGCUCCUGCUCCAUUGUCAAAGUACAAGAAGGCAAUGAGCAUGUAUAGUUUAGACCAAAAGGGUGUGACAAAUGCCCCAGUCAAAAUUCCAAAACAUCUUCCUGGCAAAGCAACACCUUUCCCCAGCACCCUUACUCUUGCAAAAUAUGACAGUGAAGAUGAUGAUGAAGAGGAUGAUGAAGGCUCAAUUAUUAUCAAUCAUUGUGAGGAGAGUAGUGAUGGUUAUGAAUACAUAGAAAAUCCUAUGAAUAAAGAGAAUCUAAGUAGUAACAGUAGUUAUAUGGGUGAAGAGGAUGAUAUGUACAGUUUAGAUGGUGUAAACUGGUUCCCAAAAAACAAGAAAUUGAAUGAAGAAAAGCAUGUUGAUGGUGAUUUAUCAGAACAGUUAACACAUAAACUGUCACUUCUUGUAGCUAAUGAAGAUAAUAAAAAGUCAAAUUCCAGUAGGAAUAUAUUAUCAUUGAGGAUUGGUAAUAAAGAUGGUGAUAACAAGAAUAGUAUACAUUUGCCUACACCCAAUAUACAUCCAGAUAAUUUCAACUUAAUGCAGGCAAAACAUGUAAACACUGUUGAUAUGGACGAACUGCAAGGAAAGAUGCUAGAGUGUCGGACAACAUCACGUGAUCAUAGUUCUGAUGAAAUAGAGCAGCCUGAGUACCUUGACUUACUGCCAGAAAGUCCAAUUGUGCCAGUUACAGAGAUGUGUCUAGGUGACCUACUUGUAGAUAAGAAGCAGUUUCUUUAUGACAACCAAUAUGAAGAUAUUGAUGUUGGAACUGUUGAUAGAAGUAAUGUCCCAGCUAAUGAUAGUCAUGUCUCUCCAGUUUACAAGACUACUGUUGUUCCAGCUGAUCAUCAUGCUGUUACAUGUCCCUCUGUCACAAGAAGGAAAAGUGGAUCUUUAGAUAAUCUCAACCCAUUACUUGAUGAUGAAUAUGUGCCAACCCCAGAAGAAUUCAAACGAUCAGUGUUUGAGCUCAAAUCACAGCUUGAUGGAUUUAAACAGACUGAAGAAGACACUGAAUGUUUACAACCUGAUGUUGGUGAUGAAGAACCUGAUGAUUCAAUCACACCAAAUGAGUCAAAUGUAGAUAAAAGAGGAUCUUUAGGUUCUACUAGUAGAGCAUCUAGCCAGCAUAGUAUCUAUGAGAUAGACGAGAAUGAAGAUGAUGGUGAAUAUGAUUAUGUGUACCAAGGUCAAGAUGAUGAAACAGGGCACCAUGUAUAUUUGUCAUUAGGAAGAGGGGCUCCAGAGGGUGAAUUCAUCUUUCUUGAUGAUUGUGAGAUGCAAGAAGUUUGUGAAAAUGUUGAAAGAGGCAUGCCGAUUGAUUUGCAAAGGUAUAAAGAGAAACCAAAUACAGAUGGUGAAGAUGAAUCACUCACAGAUGGUGACAAUGAACUGAAUACAAAUGGUGAAGAUAAACCCAAGCCUGUUGAUUAUGAUAAGUCUAUUGCUGUUAAUCUUAGUUGGUCCUCCCCAUACUUUGAUGAGAAUCAGAUAUGUGAUGAUGGUCCGAAUAGUCAUGGAUCAAGACUAUCUUUGAGAAAUGACCCACUUGAUAUCCUACAAGAAGAGGAUGAGUGCAUGAGCAGCAGUGAAAUGGACCGUCAGAUGGAAUCUAAAGAUAGUUUUUCACAGCAGCUAAAAGCACCAGAAGAAUUGACUACAAAUACUUGUAAAAAGAUAACACCAUCACGAGAAGAAAAUCUUGACAAAGGUGCAAAGAUAUCUAGAAAUGAUCUUAACAUAAAUGAUAGAGUUGAAACGAUUGGUGAUAACAAAAUUGAUGUAUUAAAAGAUGUUGAAAUAAAAAUUUGCUGUGAAGAUGAAUCGAUAAACAUUGAGGAAUGUGACAUUGAAGAACUGGUACACGCCAAUAUGGUGUCAAUAGAUGAUUUCUGCAAACAGCAUCAGCAUGAACAGAUUGAAACAGAUACUGACAACACUUCAAGUGAUGAUAAUGACUAUGAAACACUUCAUGCAUUUACAUCCAAGAAAUCUGACAUUGAAGAUUAUGACAAUUUUGACAUGUAUCAACCAGUGUCACCCACCAAGGUAACUCUGACUCCUUACGGAAACAAUGAAAACUAUGAACCUCAGUAUGUGGAUUUAGAGUUCCACACCAAUACAGUUUCAAUAGAACAAAGUGAGCAACAUUCAGAAAUCGUUGAUGAUGACAUAGCAGGUAGUAUUAACCCAAUAGAUGAAUUUGAGAACUCUGCAAAUGAGUACAUUAAUCUUUUAUCAUAUCAAGAGGAGGAUCCUGGUGACCUUAUUAUGGAUUGGGACUAUGACUUUGAAGGUGCUGAUGAUAACACAGUUGCUUUACAGACAGACCUUGACUCUGGGUACGUUGGUGAAGCCAUUGAACAUUAUAAGGCAUGUUUACUGAAUCAUGAUUCAAACGACCUCAGUUGUGAGUCCAUACAUGUCCAGUCUGACUUCAUACCUUUAGUAGACAAAUCAGCUCAAACUAAUGGUAAACAAACCAGCAUAUUGUCACCACACAGAAACAGAUCCCCUGUAGAUUCCUUUGCAAAAAACAAUGAAAGAGAUGUUGAAACUAACUGUGUACAUCUUGGUUCGAAGGUUGAUGACUCUCUCCAAGGAGUGAUCCAAAGCCUUGAGAAACUCUGUCAGAAUAUGUCUGUUAGCACUGAUGAUACAGAUGAUGAAAAAGAGGCUCCCAUGGUGCGACCAAACAGAUUGCGAUCACUUAGCAACUCCAGUCGAACCUCGAGACGAUCAAGUUCAAAUUCAACAAAAAACCAGGAUAAUUCACACCGAAUCUUGGCAGAUAUAUUGAAGUACAUGAAAAAGAGGUUAGAUGAGGAAGCUAUUAAGUCAGCUGUAUCAGAACAUGUUGUUGAAUCUGAUGGUGCAUCGACUGAGAGCAACUGGCCACAUGACUCUGAAGCUACAUCCAUAGAUGAGGGAGGUGAAGAAGAUGGUCUUUUUUCAUUUGAUGAGCUGACUAUACCAGAGACAGCUGGUCUGGCACACUCUUGCAUGAAUCUUGGCUCUGUAAUUAUGCAUUCAAAGAAAAACAAUAGCUCAGUUGGAGGGAAACCAAAGAAGCCUAGACCAGUGAAACCUGUGGUUAUAAGUGGAAAACCUGUAGAGAGAAACAAGGUUGAGACACUAAAGUUUAAUCAAAAGUUUGAGGAUCUGAGGGACCACCACCCAGAGGAAGGACAGGGAAUUGUAUCUGGAGCUGAUAUGAGAGCAUGUGAAAUGGAGGAUAAUGCACAUGUUGAUAUUAGGGAUCACAAUCCAGAAGCUGCAACAACUGUUACUGCAUCAUUCAGCAUCACAAAGCAUCACAAAGACACAACUCCUAACAGAACAACUGUCCCUGGAUCUAAAGUUGGACGUCAGCGCACUUUGACUGCUUAUCCUGAAGGAGUCCUUGAAGAGAAAGGACCUUUGGGGAAGGCAUUGAAUGAUUCACUUGUUGAAGUGCAUAAGAUAUCCAGAGCUUUAUCCCAAGACUGUGUCCAUAAUGUAGAGCAGCCAGUUAUUACAAG